AUGUUGGCGCAGCCUAAAAACAGAGUACAAGCUAUUAAAAGUAAAUUUGAGAGUUUGAGUACAGAACCAGAUUACGUUAUUAGGAAAAAGUCGUUGAAACAGGAUUCCAUACAAACCACCGAAAAAGAUAACGUACGUAAUGAAAAUGACCAUAAUUUAUUUAAGGAAAAGCACAAUAAUGAAUCAGAUUCUGACGAGUGGUCGCCGAAACCGAAUUCAAGUUAUUUGUACAGUAAAAAUGACGUGAAACGUAGUUUAAGUGAUGCAAAAUCAUCUCUAACGAGACAAACCAGUGAUCCAGGGAAGAAGCUACACAGAAGCCACGCUUUCCGUUGUGACAAAAGCCAGAAAAUUAACCCAAGUCCGAAAAGGCACGGUAGCUGUAACGGUAGGUCUGAAACCAGUGAUUUUUCAUUAAAAAUGGGUGAACAGAAAUUAAGUAAAGAACGGUUAAAGCAGCUCGGGAACUUUCUAGAAGAUCAAAUGAGGAAGGAUAAUUUCAAGCCGAAUUUAGAGGAUUGUGUUAUUGUGGGUGAAGUCCAGGAGGUGAAGGCUGUGGAUUCCAUACCUGACGAACAAGUCCCAAAGCAUAUAUUAGAUCAGUAUGCCAAAGUUAUAAAAAAUAAAAAACCUGAAAAUCGGCAGGAUUCUAUGACUGAUAGUGGUGUUAGUUCAGAAACUGAGAAUAUUGAAGAGGAAAAAAGUAAUAAAAUUAAAAAAUUGGUAUCCCAGUAUGAAAAUCCAAAAAUUCUAGUUGAAUCAAAGCCUAAUUUGGAGAUAAUGAAUGAUUUAUGUGCAUCCAGUGAAACAAUGAAAUUAGAACGUAAAAACCCUCACCUGAUUUUAACAGAUACUUUGAAAAAAGCUUUAAAGCAACCAUUGCCGGCUGGCCCACCACCUAAAAAACCACCUAGAACCUUUUUAAACCCAUCCACAUCUGAACCUCCUGAAAAAGAUAAGAAAGACCCAAAAAAAAUGUUAGAAAAACUUGAACAAGUGUUACAUAAAAGAGAAGCACAACACCAAAAUACUAAUCCCAGUAAAAAUAUUUAUGAUAUUGCCGAAAUAGAUGAAAAUGUCAAAAAACCAAAAGAAAUGCAUUACUUAUGUACUGAAUUAUUAGACAUUACACAACGGAAUUCUAGCAAAGAUCCAUUUUCUAAAUGUUUUAAUUCCUUAAACUGUGCCAUACUAACGAAUAACUCAACUCUAAGCUUGCCAUAUACAAGACUAAGUUCCAAUAUAUGUUCAUGUAGCAAUGAAAAUUUGAAUAAUGUGACAACGUUUUUAACAGAUAAGUGUAUAAAGUGCCAAUCUAACGAUAAAACUUCAGGUUUUAAGUGUCACUUACAUUGUAAGUGUAAGAAGGAAAAAUCUAAAUUUUUUGUGGAAAAAGAACACAUAUAUGAUGUUCCUUUCGACAACCAGUACGGGACUCUGAAUUCACUUAAGCUGAAUCAAAGUCGGAGCAUGGAAGAUUUGAAGCUGAAAAGUGCUGAUGAUGAUCAGAAAAUAUACGACGUCCCAUACGAAACACCACGUCUUCCCACUUCAGAAGUUCAAAAAACAGAGUUCCAGAAGUUAAGAGAGAACUUUGAAAAUGCAGUGCUGAACCAGAAAACAGAUGGAGAGAAAGAAAAGCAACCACUUAAACCAAUUUUAAGCGGAAAAGUCUGGAAGUCAACAGAGAAUGUGUCCAAUGAUUUCAAAGUUCUACAGAAGAAUAUAGAGAAGAAAUUCGCGACUGAAACCAAGAGGUAUAAAAAGAACGACAGCAAAUUAGCCUUCAGUGUUCCCAAAAGAGAUGCUCAACUAGACGUGGAUAGAGAGAAUUUGAAUCGUCUUAUGUCAGAAAUCUACGAAACAGUAAAGGCUGCGUGCAAUAUGGACGAGAAUAAACCGGGAAGUUUUCCCACAGAUCUCUCUGAUGCUGCUAGUGAAGAAUCAGUAACACUCACAAGAAGUUUGACAGAGAAACGAAAGAACUACGUGCGACGUGUGUCUUCCAGGGUAGCGUAUUUGGACCAAAAUGUUAAAUCAAGAAGAUUCCGACACCAAACAUCUAUAUGUUCGUACAAAUCGGAAAUAAUAGACAAUCCCUACUUAACGUUUCGCUCUUGGAAAAGUUUCAGGACAUCCCAAAGUAACUUGACCAAAGACAAAAUGGACAGACACGACUCGACAGAUUCCAAAGUGAAUCUGACAGAUUCAUCAGGAAAUAUAUUGUCUAUGAACGCUAGUGAUGAGUCCAUCGAUAAUUUGAGUAUCGAUGAAAAGGCUGGGUGUGUGGAUAUCGAUUUGCCUUUUGAGCCUAGAGAGAAAGGGCUGUUUAAUGUUUGUCUGCUGGUUGGACUGAAUUAUAUGACAGGGGAGGCUUAUGUCAAAAGCGUUUUUCCCAGUCAGGUCCAAGUACCACCGCACAUAGAAAACUUAAUAUUCCCAGAGACCAUCAGUUCCAAAAAUGUUGAAGAAUGGGCGACGGAGAAGACUGCACAAUGCUACUCUCUAGUCCUCACUGAUGAGAGAGGAGAGAGAUCUUAUGGGUACUGCCGUCGUGUGUUGCCGGAGGGUGCAACAACAUGUCUACCACUCUGCUACUGCUUGAUAGGGAAAUACCGAGCGCCUGGUUUCUAUUACAAGAUUUUACAAGAAAUAGAAACACACCACGGCGAUUCAGAAGUAGAGAUUGAUAAAAUUCUACAACAACUAUUCGAAACCGACUUUCCAUAUCCCGGAGAGCAGAUUUCCAUCAAAUAUACAAAUAACAAAGACAUUUCAAGAAAUUCUAUAAGUUUAGGAGAUAUACACAAAUGUAAAACCAUGCCGGAUCCGAGAAGGAAUGAGAGUACAAUGAAUGUUAGCGUGCGGAAAGAGAGUUUGGAUAAAGAGAGAACGGAGAAAGCAGAGAGUUUGGUAUUAGCUGAUGAUGUCCACGAAUUGCCAGAAUAUUACGAUUUGGAAAAUAACAAUCGGCCGAAACGUGUUGUUGUUAAUAUGGAGAGGCAUAGAACCCAUAUAAUAAAGAGGCCCAUCGACCCUCGAGCUGAUGAAGACAACAUGUCAGUGUUGCUGGACACGUUUGGUGCCAGUCUAGUCCUGAAGGUCUUCGGCUCACUACUCCUGGAGAGGAAGGUCAUUAUCAUGGGAGAGGAACUGAGCGUCCUCUCAUCGUGUAUGGAGGCGCUGCAGAGCGCGCUGUACCCGCUGGUGUGGCAGCAGCCGCUCAUCUCCGCCAUCCCGGCGCAGAUCCAGCGCGACGUGCUCGCCGCGCCGCUGCCCAUCCUCGCCGCCAUGCUGUGCGACCACGCGCCCAACCAGUUCGAGGAGGGCAUGCUAAUAGAUUUGUCCAACCCGUCAAAAGUACUCUUCUAUCAAGGCGAUGAAUCGACCAUCCUCCCAACUUCUAGCUAUAAAACACUAAAAACCUCACUACAAAUGGAAUAUUCGAAGCACAAAGACAAACAAGACGAUACGAAAACAAGAAAUCUAAUGAUUUCCGAAGCGUUUUUGCGAUUUUUCGUCGAUAUUUUGGGUGAUUUUUGGAAGUUUUUCUCCGAGGGUGAAGUUAAGGAAGGUGAUUUGGGGAAAAAUGGCGUAGUUUUUGAUAAAGAAGCAUUCAAAAAGAACGCCUCGUCGAAACAAAUACAAUAUUUUCUCGAAUGGUUCACAGAAACCGCCAUGUUUAAUCAUUUCAUACAGAACAUGGCCCUUUCGUUCCCCGAUUUCCCCUUCACAUCGGACCAUGUAACUAACAAUUUAGUCGACACACCUCUACCUAAUUUCUACGAAUUAUUCCAUGACAGAGUAAAAAGUAGAAAAAAUACAGAUAAUAAAUACGAUUCAAAGUUAAACUAUAAAAAUGCGGUGAAUAAAAAAGUUAAAUUGCUUAAAACUAAAUUAAGAGAGCUAGUUGCG